AUGGCUACAGCAACGCUCAGCGAUGACGUCUUCCGAGAAGAUACAACAACAGCCUCUUUUGAGGCCGACAUGGCCGCAUUAUGUGGCCAUGAAGCAGGAGCCUUUGUUAUAACAGGGACCAUGGCGAAUCAACUUGCUAUUCGGACGCUACUGCCACAACCUCCCCAUGCCGUUCUUGCCGAUUCUCACGCGCACAUAAUUCACUUCGAGGGGGGAAUGAGUGGCGCCUCUAUGCAUGAGGUCAGAGCCUCGAAUGGAAGAUAUAUGACGUUGGAAGAUAUCAUCAAGCGCGCAAUUCUCACGGAUGAUGUUCACAAAUGUCCCACGAGGGUGAUAAGCAUUGAGAAUACUGCUGGUGGAUGCAUUGUACCUCUCAUAGAAUUACGACGUAUCAGCGAGUGGGCUCAUCGGCAUGGAAUGAUGCUGCAUUUGGAUGGGGCUCGACUCUGGGAAGCAGUUGCUGCAAGAGCAGGCAGUCUCUAUGAUUAUUGUACGCCAUGUGACUUGGUGAGCUUAGACUUCAGUAAAAACCUGGGCGCUCCAAUGGGUGCUAUGGUACUUGGAUCGGUCCGCCUGGUUGCACAGCUCCGUCGCCUAAGGAAGAGUAUUGGAGGAGGAAUGAGACAGUCUGGAGUUCUUGCAGCGGCGGCCAGACAUGCUGUCGAGGAACAAUUUGGGUUUGACAUUUGGGAAAGCCACGGGAAACUAUCAUUGGUCCACGAUGAAGCGAAACGGGUAGGAAGACUUUGGAAAGACCAAGGUGGCAUGCUACUUCGCCCAGUGGAGACGAAUCAGGUAUGGGUAGAUUUGAAACAUGCGGGGAUAGAGAUUGAGCGAUGGAAUUGGAUUGGAAAAAAGCAUGGAAUUAGACUGGAUGGGAAGAGAAUAGUUUUCCAUCAUCAGAUCAGUGGUGCGGCCAUAACUCAGCUGGAAAAGGUUUUCUGCGAAGUACUGGAGAAAAGGGCUCGUCUUUGA